GCAGCCUGCCCUGCCCGACCUCCUCAGGAAGAGUACUGGAGAAAAGGGCAAACGUUCCUUCAGUGCAACUGAGCCUCUACCUGCCUGGCACUGGUCACAGCUCAGCUUCCUCACUAUGGUGGUCCCCAGUGGCAAUGAAUCCAGUGCUACAUAUUUCAUUCUAAUAGGCCUCCCAGGCUUGGAAGAAGCUCAGUUCUGGUUGGCCUUCCCACUGUUCUCCCUCUACGUUAUUGCUGUUCUAGGUAACUUGAUGAUCAUCUACGUUGUGCGGACUGAGCACAGCCUACAUGAACCCAUGUACAUCUUUCUUUGCAUGCUUUCUGGCCUUGACAUCCUCAUCUCCACCUCAUCCAUGCCCAAAAUGAUGGCCAUCUUCUGGUUCAACUCCACUACCAUCCAGUUUGAUGCUUGUCUGCUACAGAUGUUUGCCAUCCACUCCUUAUCUGGCAUGGAGUCCACGGUACUGCUGGCCAUGGCCUUUGACCGCUAUGUGGCCAUCUGCCACCCUCUACGCCAUGCCACUGUGCUAACAUUGCCUCGUGUUACCAAGAUUGGCAUGGCUGCUGUAGUACGGGGUGCUGCACUUAUGGCACCCCUGCCUGUCUUCAUCAAACAGCUGCCUUUCUGCCAUUCCAAUAUCCUUUCCCAUUCCUACUGCCUACACCAAGAUGUCAUGAAGCUGGCUUGUGCUGACAUCCGUGUCAAUAUCAUCUAUGGCCUCAUUGUCAUCAUCUCUGCCAUUGGCUUGGACUCACUUCUCAUCUCCUUGUCAUAUCUUCUUAUCCUCAAGACUGUGUUGGGUUUGACACGUGAAGCCCAGGCAAAGGCAUUUGGCACUUGUGUCUCUCAUGUGUGUGCUGUUUUCAUAUUCUAUGUACCAUUCAUUGGAUUGUCUAUUGUGCACCGUUUUGGCAAGCGGCAUGACUCCCUCCUACCUAUCAUCAUGGCCAACACCUACCUGCUUGUUCCUCCCGUGCUCAACCCUAUUGUCUAUGGAGUGAAGACAAAGGAGAUCCGGCAGCGCAUCAUACGUCUUUUCCAUGUGACCACCCACACUUCAGAUCCCUAGGGGUCAGUGAUCAAACUUCUUUUUCAUUCAAAGUCCUUCAAUUCAGAUAUUAAUAUCAAGAUUUUGGAAGAAAGUAUUAGGAAAAAAAUCUUCCAUAAUAAAAACACAAUGGAUCUUUCGAAGAUGAAACUGGUUGGAGAAUCUCCAUGUGGAUAGGGGCAGCAGAACCAUAUCCUCCCAAUCCCCAUUUUUCACUAUCAUUUUUCCUUUUAGUUCUUCUCUGUAUAUAAUUAUUAGGACCCCAAGGUGAUUGUGGUUGGAGGGUUAUUAGUCCCCAUUUAACCAUUCAGUCCAAAUCUCUAAAUUGCUUGCACUGAAAGUCCACAGCAUUCUGAGAUAAGUGUUGUAUGUCUAAAGAAUGUUUACCAAAGACUUAAACAUGGCAAAAGUAAAUGACAUAAGAAUACAAUACCAUCAGAUAAUCUGAUUUAAAACUAUAAUUUCCUCUUCAGAAUCCCCUACCAUGUUGGAUCUCAGAAAAAGAGACAUACCUGGAUUUCCUU